AUGGGAAAUGCAAGAUGCGAAAAAGCUUUCUCUUUGAAAGACGACGGGAGGCUCAGAAAGAGAAUGGCUGCGGCUGACAUGGGCAAAGCAGUUGCAGAUGUGCGCCAAGAAGGUGCUACAGCGGGGGCGGGGCGCGGGCAGCAUACGGGGCGGGCGGCAGGGGCGGCGCAGCGGGCGGCGCACUUCGCGGUCGCAGUGGGGCGGGGGCAGGUAACCGCACAGCAGCUGCCGCCGGGCCCGGGGCCCGCGCCAGAGCGCGGGGGACGGAGGCUGCGGCGGGAGGCGGAGUGCGAGGUGCCGCUGGCCGAGUUUCGUGUGUGGUGUGGCGCCGAGAGGCCCGCUGACGCUUAUACGGCGGAAGAUGUCGUCGUGGACUACGUGCGAACCGAGCGCCGCGAGCGACUUCUGGCGGCGCGGCAGCAGGGCUUGGAGCUGCGCUGCACGCUGGCGCCGCUGGCAGAGGCGCAGGAGGCGCUCCUGGAGGCGAUCUCGCUCAAGUGCUUUGAAUACGAGCUGCGGCGCGAGCAGUGGGCUGCCAAGGCCGCGGCGGCGCGGCCGGAGAAGCGGCGGCGGCGGCGGGGGCAGCGGGCGGCCGUGCGGCUGCCCGCGGCGUACCAGGACGUGGAGGUAUGUGUGUGUGAGCUCCAGUGGAACAAGUCCGGGGACUGGUGCUUGGUCAUGCAGGUAUCGCUAUGGUGCCUUCGCAACUCCGUGAAUCAUUUUUCCACGGACACGAACGAGCUCCUGGACAUGCUUUACGGGAGCGACCAGUACCACUCCAGUAAGCUGGAAGUCCCGCGCACGUAUGUCCAGCACCAGUUUCUGCACCAGGUCGCGCGGUACACACGGCAAACGCUGACCGGCAGCGGCGAUCUCGCUCACGUGCCACAGCUCAAGGUGGAGCUACUCCCCUUUCAGCAGGAAUCGGUGCAGUGGAUGUUGGAGAAGGAGACCGUCAAGAAGACUUACGGCAGGAGCGAUGAGGAGCUGCUGUCGUUUCUCAAUGAGCAAAUUUCGUACGGCUACCACAAACUGAGUGGUGAUUGGUUCUGGAACAAGCUCAGCGGUUAUGUCAUAACUGAGGCAGAUGUGCUACUACUGUAUCAGGCAUAUCUGAGAGACGAGAUACACGCAAAGGGGAUGCUGUCGGAAGAAAUGGGGCUCGGCAAAACGGUGGAGGUUCUUGCCUUGCUGUUGCUGCGUCCCCGCGCCAUGGAUCCUGUGGAGGAACAAGUGUAUGAGGUGGUGUCGACUGGGAAGCGGAUGAGACGAGUCAAGACCAAUCUUAUCGUAUGUCCGCAGGUGAUCGUGCAGCAAUGGCUAGACGAGAUAGCGAAGCACGUCGACGGCUCCCUUAAAGCAUAUCACUACCGUGGAUUUGCUAAUAUCAAGGAAGAGUUUAAUACAGAGAACAUAUCGGAGCUUGUUGCUACGCUCUCAGAAUACGACGUCAUCAUCACAUCAUAUGCGACAGUUUCUGCGGAAGUGCACUAUGCCGAGUACUCGACCACCAUGAGAUCUAGACGUCACAAGUCCCCUAAAUAUGAUUAUUCAUCGCCACUCUCUUUAAUGCAAUUUUUCAGAAUCAUACUCGAUGAAGUGCAAAUGCUGGGCAGUGAAAGCACGAAUGCGGCCCGAUGCACCAACCUCCUGCAGCGUAUUCACACAUGGGGUGUUUCGGGUACACCUAUUCAUUCACUAGCGGACUUCAAGGUUGUAUUCUCCUACUUGCAGCUGCAUCCCUUCCAGGAUUCUCCAAAGUAUAUCGACACAGUCUGCCAGAAUACCAGGAAACUGGGCAACAAUCGGAUGCAUCUAGAUCCCGCACAAAUUCGCAAGCUCCAACGUGUCAACGGUGUGACUUUCACCGCAAGAGAACUUCUUGAUAUCAUCCCACGUUUCAACCUUUGUAUCCGUCAUACAAAGAAUGAUGUCGAAUAUCAGAUUAAAAUCCCAAAGCAGCAUCAUUACUUAAUCCAACUUCAAUUCUCACCGAUAGAGCGUGAUAAUUAUGUUAACCUAUGGAAAUCCUUCUUGGAGGCUUCAGGCUAUGACUCAGACGGGCAAGGGCCCUGUUAUCUAGGCCCCGCAGUCUUGAAUUAUUGGUUGUCACAGUUGCGGAAGACAUGCUGCCACGCCAUGAUGUCAGUUCUAGGCUUCUCAUCGAAUGAAGCGGGGAACCUUUCGGCGCUAGGAAAAGGCGCACUCAAAAGCUCAGUGAAUCUACCAAACAUGAACGAUGUACUGAAGUAUAUGAUUGACGAUGUUCAAGACAAGAUUGACUCUUUGUGUGUGGAAAAUUACUCUCUAAAGAUACAGUCUGCCCAGGUGCGAAUGGAAUUGGAGGAACUGCCAUCGGAGGCUAUUAGAAUUCUCAAAGAUGUGGAGAACCAACUGAUCACAGACUUCAAAACAAACCUCGGGAUUAGCGAUCCGUAUGCUACAUCUGUUACGGGGCAGGCGCAAAGGAAUAAUAAGGCAGCGGAUGAAGUUGGAUCGAAGAAGAAGAACAAGAUUAGGAUUUAUAUGGAUUUUCUUCACCAAUGUACUUUUUUUAUUGCAACAGCGUAUUAUUUCAUGGGUAGCAAAAAGCUUGAGAAAGUUGAUGAAGAUAACGAGAAACUCGAUCAAUUGGGGCAGGCUGAAGCAAAACAACAAUAUACAGAUAUUUAUUCAGCUGCUGAACUACACGAAAUAACCGAGAUUCAAGAACUUGAGCACAGCUAUUACGAUAUUGCCGAGAAGCUGAGAAAGCAAAUCCUUGUAGCGAGUGCAGGAAAGGUAGAAGAUGAGAUCCAGCUGGUCCGAAAAUACCUAAACAGUAAAAGGGUCGCUGACAAGACGCAACUGCGUCAUAUUGAAUUCCAACAAGAAGAUUUAUCUUCCAACAUGACUGUUGCGUCUUGUUACAAAACGAUGGCAGAUAUUUUUCAAAGAAUGAACCAAGGUAUUGCGCAAUUUAACGGUUUAUUAAAGGAACUUGAGGAAGUGUGUAUGAAACCUAUAAAUCACGAAUACGAUGAUAAUGACGCAGAAGCCAAGGCGCAAGACUAUGAGAACUCUAUUAAUGACCAAGACAAGAUAUUCGCCCUGUUAGACUGUUUAGAACGCAUUCUUUCCAACAGAGAUGAGAUAAUCACUAGUGAUGAGGAGGUUCGCAUACCAAAAGUUUCCAGCUUGGUAAAGGAUGUUACCUCCGACUACCACAGGGAACUUCUGAAACAAGUGCAGUUUGUUGGAGGCACGCCUUUGAAGCAAAUAUUUGCAGAUUUAAAAAAUGUUUCCAUUGUCAUGGGCCUUACCGUUGAUGGAGAAGCCAAGACCGAGAGUUUUGAGAGUUACUUACUGAGCUUUCAGUCUCAGCCUCAGAUAAUCAAAAAGGAAAACCACCAAAUGCGCGAAAUCCUUAAACGCUUCAACUCCAUAUACAACGCGAAAACAGCAUAUUUCAGCAACCUUCAAAAGAUAUCAGAUUCUUUGGUAUCCAUCAUCCAACUAGAACCAAGCGUCAGAGCAACUAUUCUAAGAAACACUAGGGGGGAUAGCAUGUACCUGAAAAAUAUUCAAAAGAUAAGCACCUUACAAUCCAGGUUAAAGUACUUGCAAAAUUUGACCAAAUUGGAGCAGGCACUAAAGGAUAACAAGCGAUUUAAUUGUACGAUAUGCCUGUGCGAUAUUUGCGAUGGUGCUAUUAUUGGUUGCGGGCACUUUUUCUGUCAAGAAUGCAUCAGCAGCUGGUUAGAAACCAAACAAUCGUGCCCGUUGUGUAAAACACAAACCAAAUCAUCAGAACUUUACAGCUUCAAGUUUCGCGAAGAAGAGACUGAGCUGAAGCAUGUUCUCGUUGCAGACGCAGAUUCACGCCCAACACCUUCCCAGGAAGUAAUCUCGCAAGCAGUCCAAUCCAUAGAAAAUGAUCCCAUCUACUUAAACAAGUACGAGGUUUGCCCAUACUUGGAUAGAAUUCGCCAGCUUGAAACGAGCGUCAACUACGGAUCAAAGAUUGACUUCGUUAUCAAACUACUAAAAUACCUCAGGUUACAGCAUGAAACGAACCCGACUUCCCCUGCAUUACAAAUUGUCAUAUACUCUCAAUAUGCUGAGUUGCUAGAGAUAGUUGCCCAUGUCCUUAAGCAAAAUUCUAUCAAGUUUCUCACCACUACCAAAAAUGUACGGAACUUUGCGAAGGUUGUUGAAACCUUCAAAGCAGACCCCGAAAUUACCUGUCUACUCCUCGAUACAAAGCGACAGGCGUCGGGCCUAACGCUAAUCAAUGCCACGCAUGUGUUCCUGUUAGAGCCUAUUGUAAAUAACAGUACGGAGUUUCAGGCCAUCAACAGAAUACACAGAAUCGGACAAACCAGUGAGACUUACGUAUGGCACUUCAUGCUUCUCAACACUGUGGAACACAGCAUCUUGCGGUACAAGUCGAUUUUGGAAAAAAACAAGGGUGAUAGCACUAAAGGUACAAGGCAACAAGGAGGCGGUUUGAGAGUGGUAUCUGACGAAGACACUUUGAGUGAUCCUGAAUCAGAAGCCGAAAAUGCAUAUAAUAUUAACCAAGCUGGAGACGAAGCAGUGUCUGAGGAACACUUGUGGCACUGCCUCUUCCAGAAAUAG